AUGGUCUUCCUCCCCCCAGGUACCAAUCAGACCCCGCUCAGUGACCCCACCGGCCCAAACGGUUCCGGGACUAAUCAUGGCUCAUCGACCCCUGGAUAUCGCCGCCAACGUUCGCCAUCUGACCCAGAUGAUGAUCCCAGCCCCCGCCAGCGGGCACGAACCCGCGAGCGAGCGAGCGAAUUGGUCAACCCCUUCCUUGACAUUGACGGACCAGACUUGGAUGAACAACUGCCCGACCCGGAUACCCUUGAUGCGACCCGCCCUCCAGCCGAAAACCUGACCGUUGCCCUCGGGGCCCAGGUGCUGACCAGUGGCCAACUUGCUAUGUUAGCAGAGGUCAGCCACAUUCUCUCACCCUUGUCUCCCCCUCCCCACUUUGACUUGAACCAGCCACUACCAACCACCAUAUUUCGUCCCCAGAUCCCCCAACCCGAGCACACAACCAUCAUCCUCUCAACCCUUGCGGCUGUCCUCAAGCGACUCGAUACCUUGACCCAGCAGCAAUCCGCGCGGACUCCCCUGGACCCAGCACCUGCCGCCAACCUCUCAUUGGCAGAGCAGGUCCGCAUGUUCCAGUUCUCCCCAGAAGCCAAAGAAUUCCUCCGCCAGCAAGCCCGAGAAUCGAUGAUGCACCCGGACCUUGAAGCCUACUGCGAGGAUACCCGCGACCGUGGUCUGUUCCGCAUGGUGCUCUCUGGCAUCAUCAGGCAACCAGCCACCUACCUUCGGGCCCAGUUCCCCCCUGGCUUUGUGGCCCAAGACCGCCUGUCGAUGAACCACACCCACACUGAGGCGAAGAGACAGCUCAAGAACGUCCGCCACCAGCUCCGAAACCUACUUCUCACGGGUGUUCUUACAUCGAACGCCGAGGCCCCACCCAUCCCAAACCUCACGAAGCUGGCCCGAGAUGUCUGGCGCUUCCUCAUGGGCACGGCCACUCGGCUAUCAAACGAAGAAGUUGACACCCGCGUGCUCCCCCUUUUGAAGAUCAGAAUCGCUUACCUGCGACUCGCAACCUUGGAAAAUCACUUUGACCCCCUGGCCAGAAACGUAUCUCAAUGGGACCAAAUCGAUUCGCAACUCCAAGCCAAUCGCGAGCGAACCGUUAAUUUUACUAACUCCUGGCAUAAGAUGAUCUACCUCAAGGACGAACAGUUGUUCUCCACAUCGCCCGCUCUGGCCGAUCUGGACACCUCGCUCUGCAAGUGCCCCACCGACCGCGAAGUCCUCGAUCGUAUGGCCUCCUUAGGCGAGGCUUGA